AUUACAGGACCAGGUCAGAGACAUGGGAUUCUGACCAGAUUCAUGUCAAACAGGUUUGAUCGCCAGCGUGAGAAAGCAGCUAACGUUGCUAUCCAGUCCAGCAGGGGUCGCUGUUCGCUCCGCUCCGCGCUACCCUCGCGUCUGAGAAAACUAUCGUUGACGCGGAAGUCAGGCUCUGUAUUUACCUCCAGCGGACUCUUUGUUUGCUCUGGGACUCGAACCCCCGCACGGAACGGGACGAUGUGCGCCGUGCAGCUGAUGCGGGUCUCAGUCCAUGAGCGGAUCAGCGCCGCGGCCGAGGACUUCCUGCUGCAGGUGGACCGAGGGCCGGAAGCGGCGCGGGUCCUGGUGCUCAGGCCGCUGCUGCUGGAGCGGCUGACGGCGGCGGCGGAGGCGAUCGUCGGCCUGUUCCAGGAAACCGUGGCGGGGUACGAGGACGUGGUGCAGCGGUCCGAGCGGGAGAUCUGCCGCCAGAGGAGGCUGCUCGACGCCGUGCUGAAGCCCGAAGUCCGGCUGCACCGAGCAGACGUCCAGCAACUAAAGGUGAAUGAGGAAGCGGUUCCUCCUGAGUAUCAGGAUUGGAUCCCCAGUGUAGACCAGGAGGACUCGGAACCCCCACACAUCAAAGAGGAACAGAAUGAACUGUGGAUCAGUCAGGAGGGAGAGCAGCUUCAGGAACUGGAGCAGACCGACAUUAUCAAGUUCACAUUUACUCCUGACACUGUGAAAACAGAAGGAGAUGAAGAGGAACCUCAGUCCUCACAGCUUUAUCCGAGUCAGACUGAAGAGGACAGAAAAGACUGUGGGGGACCAGAACCAGCCAGGAACUCUGGUCCUGAUGUACAUUUACAACCAUGUCCUGAGGACACGGCCAUAAACACUGAUGUUGAUGGGAUAGAGUCCAGGGAGCCUAAGCCUGUAAGUGAUAUGAGAUGUACAACUGACAAGAAACCAUUGAACUGCUCAGAGUGUGGCAAGAGAUUUAGCCGUAUGUACUAUCUGAAGGCACACAUGACCGCUCAUACUGGAGAGGAACCUUUUAGUUGUUCUGAGUGUGAUAAAAGAUUCACCCUCAAGGAGCAUCUGAAGUCACAUUUGAAAAUUCAUACGGGAGAGAAACCUUUUAGCUGCUCUGUGUGUGGGAAAGGAUUUAGGAUAAAGGGCGAUAUGCUAACACACGUCUCAGUUCAUACAGGAGAGAAACCGUUCAGCUGCUCUGAGUGUGGUAAACACUUCAGGCUGAAGCGACAACUGCAAACACACGAGGCCAUUCACACGGGGGAGAAACCCUUUAGUUGCUCCGAGUGUGGCAAGAGAUUUGGUCAAAGGGAAUAUCUGAGAUCCCACAUGAGGACUCACACAGGAGAGAAGCCGUUUACCUGCUCUGAGUGUGGCAAAAGUUAUCACCACCAGGCCGGCCUGCAGGCACAUUUGAGGAAUCACACAGGAGAGAAACCCUUCAGUUGCUCCGAGUGUGGCAAAAGAUUUAAUCACAAGAGCUGCCUGCGGGUACACGAAAAGAUUCACACACGAAACCAACCGUUCAGUUGCUCUGACUGCGGUAAAAGAUUUGAUGACGAGAGUCGUCUGCAGAUGCAUGAAAGGAUUCAUUCACGAGAUCAACCAUUUACUUGUCUUGACUGUGGGCAAAGAUUUAGUUAUAAGGCCAAACUAGAGGCACAUUUCAGAGUUCAUACCGGAGAGAAACCAUUUAGCUGCCCUGAGUGUGGUCAGAGCUUCAGUCGCAAGGACAGUCUGCAGAUACACGUCAGACUUCACACGGGAGAGAAGCCGCUCAGUUGCAGCAUUUGCGACGAAAGGUUUAGCUGGAUUUAUCAGCUCAAAGCCCAUCAGUGUGCUGGUGAGUCCUCACAGCUUCAUCCGAGUCAGGCUGAGGAGGACCGAGGGGACUCUGGAGGUCCUGAACCAGCCAAGGAUUCAGGUCCUGAUUGACAUUAUUGUGGUCAAGACUGAAGACUCUUCUGAACCUGAGACUGAAGACAGUGAAGUUGGUUAGAAAUAGACAAAGGGACCACAAUGUGUCCUGUCUGCCUGGACACUAACAAUUAGAAACUCCCUGUAAGUAGCAUUGUUUGGUUUGUGAGUUAGGUACAGUAAUAAUCAUGUCGUCUUAAAUUUAAGCUUUUUAAUUGAAACCAACAUAUAGCAUGAUACCCACGUGGUAAUUAUUUUUCACUGCCAACACUGCGAAGCUAUACGUCUCCAUGAGCGCAUGAGGAGUCCGCUGCUCUUCUUCAAGUAGGAGGUCGGAAUAUCCGAGUUGCCUGAACGCAGCACAGUGAUGAUGUGAGCAGCUGUAGGAAGCAGCCCGGAGUUAUACUCUACAAGCCCCGCUGAGAGACCCGCAGCUAGCCGCUGAGAGCUAGCUGGAUUUGACGGUUCUCAACCUCUCAGUCCGGCUGUUGUUACGUCCUCAAUCCCGGAACCCCUCACCCAGACCCGGGUCUCUCCGGGUUCCCUUCCCCGUAGACUGAGGGUCCGUGUGCGGACAUGAAGCCGAGCCCCUUCGGACCCGGACAAAGCCGGGUCUGGUUGAGGGGUUCCGGGAGUGAGAACGUGACAACGACCGGACUGAGAGGUCGAGAACCGUCAGAUCGAGCUAGCUCUCAGCGGCUAGCUGCUCUCUCAGCGGGGCUGAAGAGUACAGCAGCGCAUAUUUACAGGUGUAACCAUUGAACGGAUCCCGUUUAACUGCCACAAGAGUUGUUCAUCUUGUCAUAAAGAUCGCAAUGAGGAAACACGCUGUGUUUUUUCUAUUUUCACUGCAUUUUAACAGUCUAUAAAUAGUGAAUUUUAAUAUAAAAAUAUUAAUGAUUAAUCGAAAAUUCGUCAUUAACUCUCCCGACGAUCGAUUAAGACAAUUGUCUUAAUCGAAUGCCCAUCCCUAGUGUAAAGAGAUAAUUUGGCUCUAAAGUUGAAAAAGUUAUAUGCUUUUGUACAAAUUUGUACAAAGUUCAUUGUGAAAAUACAUCUUCACACAUGUUGAUGAAUUAUUUAGUGCUUGAAAUGGAUUAACUGGAAUCUUAGUUACUUAAUAGCAGUGGAAUAUAUGUAUAAAUUGUGACAUAACUGCCAAAAUUAAAUUUUUUAAAAACAUUUUCUGAGUAGAAGUGUUGUUUGUCACUCUGCUUGCUCCAAUUUUUAGAGGGACUGAGUUAAAUUGGGACUGAAUAAUGACUUUAUCCUAUUAUAUCAAGCUUAAUGGAAUAUGUGAAAAUGAGAAAUGAGCCUUACAACAACGUCCUUGUCCCAAACUAGCGACGUCAGCAGCUUUAAACUUC